AUGCUGCAGGAGAAGAGGAUCCCUUACAAAUGGGGGUUCCCAUUUAACCUACAGGCAAGAACAGGCAACGUGUGGCACACUAUUCGGUGGCCAAAUGACGUACCCCGCUUCCUGAACGCAACCAGCUUACCCACAGUGCAGAUCCCGAACUGGAUCCUUGAAGGACCUCCGGCCUGGGCAACAGGGCCAUCGGAAGUGGCACACAAUCUCCAGGUGGACCCGGUCCCACGAUGGCGCAGAGGUCCCCGAAGAAUAGCCCCAACCAGGUACCCCCCCCUCAGCAAGCAAAGAAAAUACGCCGAACCGGAAUGGUCCGGCGCACUCCGUGUCCAAGGCCCAUUGGAGAAAGAUGAUCCACCGACCCAGACCCGCUUGAAAGAAGGCCUGGACUGGGGUAUGUACUCUUCCUAA